AUGCCGGAAACACCAAUUUACAUUCAAGAUUAUGUGCCUCAUACGCCAACUCGUCCCGAAAAAGGACAACGACCAAAAUCCAUUCAUAGAUCAGCACCUAAAAUUGGAAAUCCAACACCUCUCGGUAAAUUUAUGCUAUCAGUAUAUAAUAGAUUUGGAGUUUCAUUAUUCACUGGUGGAGUAGUUCAAUUUGCCGCAGGUAUGUGGGAAUUUAAAGUUGGAAACACAUUUGGUGGAACCGGAUUCUCAGCUUUUGGAGGUUUUUGGGCUUCAUACGGUGUUAUAUUUAUUCCUGCAUUUGGAAUUCAACAAGCAUUUGGAUUCACUGUUGAUAAAUACGGAAUUCUUCAACCUCCAACUUUAGCCAACAAUCCUAAUGCAAUUGAUCUAAUCUAUCAAUAUCAUAGUUCUCUUGUCACAUUCAUCUUUACACUCGCCUGUAUUCGUACAAAUGCAGGAGUAUUGGGUGCAUUUGUUGCCUUGACACUAAGUUUCGGUUUUGAAGUUGUUUAUCAUUUCUUUCCUGCUUCUGAAGCUCUCAUUAAAAUUUCAGGUGUUUUCGGAAGUGUACUUUUAACACCAGAUCUCUCACCAAUUAGUUUGCCUCUAUGGGAUUUAAGCAAGAAAGAAUAA